AUGGGUGAAGCCUCAACGGACGACAAAUUGCAGGUUUGACAGUGAACUAAUUCUGUGCAUAUUUGUAGGCCGCCGGAGUAGUUGAGUAUAUCGGAUUAUUUCGGUAAACUCGUGGCGUGUUUUGUGAAGGUCCCCUCUCUUAACGAGUGGGAAACUGCUAGGUUUUAAACCGCGAACACUGAGGUAAUUUCGGCCUACAAUUCACCUCCAGUGAUACCCAUCUUAUCGUGGAAGUCCACUGCUCUGAAAUUACAUACGUAGAUGUAGACAGGUCAGGAAGCGACAGUUUAUAACUCACUGUACCAGCUGAGUGGUGUAAUAUUGGUAGGUAUUUUGUACGUAGCUAAACUGAACUGCAGAGCAUUUUUUCCUAAAUGUACCGCUUAAGAUUUAGGGUAAAUCCUUGAUGGACUUCUUGAGUGUUUCUGGAAGUAUACGGUCUUGAAAUUUUUACUUUGUUUAUGUUUUCACUUUUCAGACGCAACCCGCAACAACAGAAGCCCGCUCGGUGUUUUUGGAGAAGGCAAAGCUAGCUGGGGAAGCUUGCUCGCGAGGAGAGUUUAUACUCGCUGUUGAACUAUAUACAGAUGCAAUAAAUCUCGAUCCUCAGAACCACGUUCUGUAUGGAAACAGAUCUGCAGCUUUCAUUCGAACACGGCAGUUCGAACGCGCGCUGGAAGACGGCAGAUAUGCUGUGCAACUCCAACCUAGCUGGUCAAAGGUAGGAAAUUAG